AUGCCCCCCCCCUCCGCCGGCACUGUAAGCACCCCCGCACACACCGUCCCACCGGCACCCUCGUCCAUCAGCACCCGGCCCCAGCUGGCUCUCUCACACGCACGGUGCUCCUGCGUCCAUAUCUGUCCGCGAUCCCCCCACCCGCGUCCCUCCCGCCUUUCCCCGCCGCCGCGUGCCAUCUGCCAUGUCCCCGCGCGCCCUCCUUCUGCUCUGCCCUGUUCUGAUCCGCGCCAGCCCGUGCCCGGCGGUCUCCUGCCCUACGCCUAUCUGACACCCUCGUCGCCCGGCGCCCAUCACGCACGCACCCACACUCGAGUGCCCCGCAGAGGCGCGUACGCGUCCGUGCCCCUUUCCUCUUCCCUUCCCCCUUCUCCACCGUCCACCAUCCGACGUCUCGGCCUCUCAGCGCCCCAGCCUCCCACCGUCCAUGCCGUCCCGUUCUUCUCUGUCGACCGCCCACUUCUCCGCUCCGUUCCCUCUCCUUGCUCUGUUCUGUUCUUCCUGUUCCGUUCUAUUUUCCCGUUCCGUUCUAUUUUUUCUGUCCCGCUCUAA